AUGGUAGACAGCAGUUCCCAAGGGAGAUUGGUUCGACCUGCCAUUCUGAGGAGGCAACUUCUACACCCUCCUCAACCUUCCCCGCCACCCCCCGCCCACCCCCCCCGGAUCCGCUCCGCCUACCGCACCCUCUCCCUCAGCUUCCACCCGGACAAACAGCCCGCGCAUCUCUCCGACGCCGCGCGCCACCACUUCGCCCGCAUCCAGGAGGCCUACGAGACCCUGAUCGAUGACAAGAAGCGCGUCGUGUAUGAUCUGCUGGGGGAGGAGGGGGUCGGCGUGAAGGCUAUGUCCGGGCAGGAGUUUCGCAGGUGGUUCUUGCGGAGGAUGAAGAGGAGGGAGAGGAAGGCUUUGGAGGAGUUGGUGGGCGAGAAGACUUCCGUCACUUUCGGUAUUGAUGCCUCGAAUAUGUUGCAUCUCGAUCAGGAUGAGGUUUUGCAUCUGAUGGUGCCGAAUCCAAAACCCUCCAGGUUUGCUGUCGGCGUGCAGUUCAAUGUGCCCGUGCCGACGGUGGGGAAUAUAAUGGGGUAUGCCCAUGAGGAUGAGAAGGAGGAGGAGGAUGAUGAUGAUGAGGGGAAGGAGGGGGAGAAAUCCCCCGAGGAUGCGGAGGUCGAUCUGGAUGUGGAUAAGACGGAGAUGUUCAUCGAUGCGGGCAUCGUCGGCAAGAUCAACCAUCUGUCGCGGGAGGCGAUCUUUAGAUAUCCGGAUGGGACAGAGGAGGAGCAGAAGCUCGCCCUGCCGUAUCUCCUCGGCUCCAAGAAAAUCACCCUCGGCGUCGGCCUCACGCGCAGAAUCGGCGACCUCUCCGGCCAAGGCAUCCUCGCCGGCCCUGCCUCCCUCCUGCGAUACUCGGCCGUGGCCGUCAACGCCUCCGUGCUGCCCUUCCCGUCCAUCCAAACCAGCUGGGCCAAGCCCGUCGUGCUCAUCCCCGGCACCACCCCCUUCCAGCUCACCCUGGGCGCUGGCUUCGACCGAUCCCCACUCCAGACGCCCCCCACCCUCGACGUCCAGCUCAGCCGCCACAUCGGCGGCUCGAAAUUCCUCCUGUGCAACUGGUCCAGCGGCACCAUCCCCUGGCCGCGCGCCGUGCAGCGCUUCUUCGCCCCGCUCGUCGACCUCCACAUCGACCCGCACUCCGUCCUCUUCAAGCCCGAAACCCACAGCUACCUCCAGGUCGGGGUCAUCUCCCAGUCCAAGCAGAAGCACAUCCCCGCCAUCGACGACGAAGACUACGCCGACGAGGACGAGGACGAGGACGAGGACGAGGACGAGGACUUCGAAACCCUCCGCUCCAAACGCCGCAACCAGACCUCCGCCGCCGAAGCCUGGAAGCUCCUCGCCAUCGCCAACCCCCUCACCACCAACCUCGCCUUCGGCUACUCGCGCAACAUCUUCUCCGGCUCCACCGUCACCGACCCCAUCCGCGCCGAAUGGAGCUCCGAAGGCCACUCCCCGCGUCCCGCCGACUCCGUCCCACGGUCCAUCCGCCUCGGCAUCGAAACCACCAUCGACCCCACCCUCGCCCUCGGCUGGCAAGUCGAAGCCACGCGCCAAGUCGGGGAAUUCACCCGGAUGGGCUUGGGGGUCGGCCUGCAGGGCGCCAACGGCCUCAUCAUGACCGUCUCCUGGAGUCGACUGGGCCAGAAACUCCGCUUCCCCAUCACGAUCUGUCCCUUCGACGCCGCGGACAUGGACGUCGCCCUCGCCGCCGUCAUCACCCCCUGGCUCGCCUACUGCGCCCUCGAAUUCGCGUUCCUGCGUCCCCGCGCACGCAAACACCAACGACGUCUCCUCGCCCGUCGCCAGAAACAGCUGAAAAAGCUCCUCCCGAGAAAGAGGGCCGAGAGCCGGCAGGCGAUCGAGCUGAUGACCGAGCAGGUCCAGAGACGCCAGGCUAAGGAGCAUGUCUCGCAUGGCCUGGUCGUUGUCAAGGCCGAGUAUGGGUAUUAUCCUGCUGAGGCGGGCAAGGAGGCCGAGACUACGGAUGUUACGGUUCCGGUGGCGGCGUUGGUGGAUCAUGGGCAGUUGGUUGUUGCGAAGGAGGUCGUCAAGUCCCAUAUCCUGGGCUUCCAUGACCCCGCCCCGCUGAGGCAUAAGAUCCUCAAGGUUUGGUACUUGUACCAGGGGAAGAAGCAUUACGUGGAGGCGAAGGACGGGGAGGGCGUUGCUUGUCCCAUGAGGGUGCAUUUGGUGUAG